AUAUCUCCCAUACAGGCCUUAGAGUUAACCCUUUCCCGAGUAGAUUUACAAUUAGAACGGUUCCCAGAGGAGUCUCCUCAUGUGGACAGUGGAAAGAGCCAAGCACAACGACGUAAUGACAGAGCUAUUGUUCUUAAUCUAACAGCAGGAAAUAGAGCCAAACCCAACCAUAAGCUAGUGAAUCGUGACUUUAUCGUUUUGCUCCAGAACAUCCCUAAGAGAGUUUCUAUCUUUUCUUUCUGGCAGGUAGAUUAUCCUGUGGAAAAAUUUAAACUCUGACCGAGUAAAUCUCAAUUUUGGCUGCUUGUCUCACAUUAAGAGGCCAUGAAGCUGGUCUGUUCCUUGCAUAUUGAUUGCUUAUUUUCAGCAGUUUAUUCUCUGUAGUUCUGACAGGAUUCGAUUUUAGCAUCGGUUUUCUUCAGCCAAUUUUAGCUGAAUUUCCUGCUGUUGGCCUGUUAGCACUCUAUUUCCUGCUGUUAGAUUAAGAACAAUAGCUCUGUCAUUACGUCGUUGUGCUUGGCUCUUUCCACUGUCCACAUGAGGAGACUCCUCUGGGAACCGUUUUAGCAUCGGUUUUCUUCAGCCAAUUUUUUUAAACCUUAAUUUUCUUAUUUCGGUUAAAUGACCCCCCAUAUUAAUCAAGGUUUUAGUUUCUUAAGGCUUUUUCUGAAUAAAUACUAGUGGAUGUUUCGUCUCUCAAUGUGAUGACUCCCUGCUAUGUUUUGUAACGCCGGGCCCUCAAGAAAAGUGAUCUACAGAUGUGAAUUUAAAGCAAAGAAUUGUAGCUUAGACUGGAGUUACACUAACUGCUGAGAACUGUCCUGUUAUUCAGUCAUAAUUCUUCAGUAAACGCACAGUCCAUUUUGUUUUUCUUGAGAUAAGUGGUCUUUGGACUGGAGCGCGAUGUCAUGAAGAUUACUUAGCUUUACAGUCGAGCAACUGUUCUGUUCUGUUCAACUUUUCAAGUGCUAGUUUUUAUCAGGCAACACUCAUGGUAAUACAAGUUGUGAAGGAAGACUGCAAUUUCGGAACUAAAGCAUUCCUCGUUAGUUGCUUCUAUGGUCAUCGCUUUUGCACGCGGUGCUUCAGCUGGCGAAAUCCACUCCACGGUGAUGACAAAAAUCCAAUGUGAGUGAUCCUGGCACUUUUUCUGCGCUGACCAACGGAAAGUUCCAAAUCGUCCACAGAACGUUUCAUCGCCAACUCUUUCCGAAGUGCAUGCUUACAUGGGGAAUGUAUGACGACUAAAAUCAAAACCACUCGCAAAGAUAAUCUUUCAGUGAUAAGUUCAGUUCGCUCCUCUCGUCCCAUUGUUUGAUGCUCAGUCUGCUAAUUCAUUAACUUUAAUUUCGUGAUACCCAGAUCCCAGCGGCUGUAAAAUCGGGAAAAUAGACGUAUAGUAAAAAGGAUAACGGACGAAGGACAGGCUUCUGAUUUAGCCUUCAUCCAACUUUAUUUUUUUAACGGUGACAUACGAGACUUACGGAAAUGUGACACUUUUCGCGGGAAGCAAGCCGUUCUAUUUAUAAAUCAACUCGGGAAAGGGUUGACUCAAAAAAUCAGUGGAGAUAGAGGCUCAGAGUCAUGGGCUCCUGGUCAUCAUAGAUUAUCAUUAUCAUUAUCUAAAGUUAGUGUGAAAAUAAGUUAGGAUAGGGAAUUAAAGUUCUAUAUAUUUUUUUAGGUAUCAUUGCUUGUUCCAUCGUCCGAGAAAAUUAAACCAAAUGAGAAGGUGCAACACAAGAUUUACCAAGUACCUCUCGAACCGGAAUAUCUCGACGAUUACAUACGGCUUGAGAUGGAGGGAUCCCGUAUGCAGGGCUAUACACGGCUAGUUGAGUUUCAAAAUGCCUUAUGCGAAGGUGUUUUGAAUAGCACAGAGAUGCUAAAAGAAGUGAAAAAUUUUGACUUGCUUCUUUACGAUAGUCCUGCGGGAAUGUGCGGCGUCCUGGUUAGUGAACUCCUUAGCAUUCCGCGAGUGCAAAUUCAGGCCCACCCAAACUCCCCGUUUGGUUUUGAUAACAUGAUUCCUAUGCCUGUCUCCUACGUUCCGGGUCUCUUUAGCGGGCUCACUGAUGAAAUGACAUUUAUGGAAAGAAUUAUCAAUUUGUUGUCAUAUCUUCUUAUCAAGACUUUCUGGAUAGAUCUUGUUUACUCUAGUGCUAUGAAUGACCAUAAGACUAAGUAUAAAAUUAAACCCGGAAAAAGCUACCAAGAAGCAAUAGGUGAUGCUGAACUGGUUUUAAUUGCAGCAGAUUUUGCGUUGGAGGAUGCCCAACCUCUGUUACCAGGUAUGUGUAAUAAUGUAUAUUAUACCAAUAAAAGAACAAGUAAAUGAAUUAGCGACAUUUAGCUUAGUUUGUGUGUUUUAAAUGUUCUGAGAGGCCUGAGAUUAGAUGCGUAGUUAUUUAGCUACUUUUAUAGUGUUGGCUGUUGAAUACCUGAAAAUUUUAGUGUUGUAGCUGCCUUGUAGCUGUGAAACUACUUUCCACCAAGUACCCUCCGAAAAAACGUUGUUAGAAGCUCUGUCGUAAGCAGCCCUAGUUUCUUUAGGGCUCUCCAAACUUUCCCAGUGCCUCAGAGCUCGAUGCACGAACAACUGAAAGAAUGAGUCAGUUGAUUUUUUUAAAAUUGCCUACCUGGAAGUUUUUUUUGUUGUUGUUGUUUAAAAAAAUCAUCCUGGAAGGUUGAAGAUAAAAAACACACACACACACACACACACACGGUAGCACUGUAGAUCACUAUGAUGGGAUAUCUAAGUACAAUAUUGGAUUUUAGUAUAUACUAAAACAGUGGAUAGUGUUUUUCGCGCGCUUGAUUGGCUACUCAAUCAGUGAAUAUCCUGCACUAUUCACUGAUUCACCUCCAGUUCCUCCGAGCGAGCGACGCCAAACUCGCGUAAGUUGCGAACAAAAUGCCUUCCCGGUUUGCUGCCGUAAACAAAAAAAGAAAUUUCACAUUUAAUCAAGCAAGCUGUUUCCGAAAUACACGAAGAAGGUGACGAAGAUCGGAUUGGAAGUUUUAACAGGUAAAGCUUUGUCUUUUUGACACGAAUUUAUCGAUAAAACCGGUGAAAAAGUUUUCUGUUUACAAAUGCAAAUUAAGUUUAAGUCUUGCUUACUUUAUUUAGUUGAGUUGUUAAUAAAUAAGCUUAAAACUAAACUUAACAAUCUUUUUUUACACAAUGAUUUUAAAUACAAAAAGAAUUCACAACUCCUUUUGAAGAAAUUUCCCCGCAAGAGCUAAACAAAUGCCUUCAAAAGUUUUAAUUGUCGGCAAGAAAAAGCGACGGCCGCGGCCGCCCGGUCAUUACGCGCCAAAAUUGUAAUCGUUGGCAAUAGUAUUUGAGUUAAAAAUCGUCAUUUUUGAGCUCAAUUAUCUCACUGCAUGUUUUAGUAUAUACUAAAACAAUUAUUCACCUCAGUGUCGGUGGCUAUUCGUGGAUAUUUACCUCACAGCUUCGCAGGUCGGUAAAUUCACGACUAGCCACCUACACUUCGGUGAAUAAUUGUUAUUUAUUCAUCAGGUAACCGUAUGGUAGGACCAUUGAAUGUCAGGGAUACCAUUAAACCUCUACCACGUGAUCUGGAAGAAUUUGUAAGCAAUUCAGGAGGACAUGGUUUUAUAAUUGUUUCCUUUGGAUCACAAGUGUCUUCUCUUCCUUCUCGAGAAAAAGUAGACAUGCUUGCAACAGCUUUUGGAAAACUAAAACAGCUUGUGGUGUGGAGACUUAAAGGUAUCUUAUGCUUCGUUCGUUCUCUUUGGUUAUACAAAGGACAUUUGCGCCAACAGCUUAUGUCGUACAUUCUUAUUUUGCAUGUAUUCUAUCUCCAAAGGGCACCAAUGGACGUACCAUUAUUCUUUAAAAAUAGUUUAUGACCUCUCCUUUUUUCCAAUAUUCAACAGAUUCUAUGAAAGAGAAAAAAAAUCAAUGUGGGAGGUUGAAAAAAAUCCAUUAUUCUCCCCUUCUUAUGUCUCUCUUACUGUCAGGCUAAGAAUGGGGUCUUUUCAUGAUCUAAGGUUCACCUUAAGGAAAGUCGGGAGGUUCAUGAUGCUUUACCGGUCCAAAAUCCCAAAUCUGGCAGAGAAACUUGCACUUAGGCGAUUAGUUUGCAGAUGGAGCCAUAUAGCCAGAACAUGAAAAUUCGGCAAGGAGGUACCCAAAAACAAAACUGAACAAAAAAUUAUGGUAAUGUAGGCUAAUGAAGUUGAAACAAGGGAAAAAUAAAAAUUACCUCAGAUAAAAAAAAAUUACUGCAACGUAUAUACUUGUAUCAUCUGGCAAUCACUCUUGGUGUCAAGAUACAGAAUCCAUAUUUUCCUAAAAAUGGGAUUCACUUAGCUCUCUUAGGUCAUUAAACAAAAUUCUUGCUUGCAGGUUACAUCCCUCCCUUCCUUGCAAAAAACAUCAAAGUCAUGGAUUGGUUACCUCAGAAUGAUCUACUGGCUCACAAAGACAUUAAGGCGUUUGUGUCUCACGUGGGUCACAAUAGUCUUUAUGAAUCUGCAUAUCAUGGAGUUCCCUUGGUCUGUUUCCCUCUGUUUGCGGAGCAGCAUACUAAUGCUAAAAAAGUUGAACAUUUUGGUUUUGGUUUGGCAGUGCACCAUGACCGUACUAACGCUGAGGAACUGUAUAAAACAAUUGAGCUGGUUGAAAGUGAACCAAGGUAUUAUAGGUUCUGUUUCUGAUCAUUGACUAAAUGCCUUUUUCGCAAAGGUGGUUCUAUAGAGUUGGAUACCGAUAAGAAGACAUAUAAAUAUUAUAUUUUUAAGUGUCAAAAAAUUUAAAAUGUGGAAAGCGAGAAUAUUCUUGAUGUGUAAAUUUUGGAUUGAAGUUUUCUUGGAGGUGUUUUCAAAUUUACUGUUAUUCAUAUUUUCCUUUCACUUCCACAAUAUUUGGUCUUGCCUUUUUUAUUUUUUUGUUGACUAUUGAAGAUGUCUACACUCAUUCUCGCCAAAAGCGCCAUAGAAAAAUAGAACGGACGAGGUGAGGUUACGCAAAAGAUACUCACCACUUAAGCAGGUUAUAUUACAUUAGACAGGUAAAAGAAUAAGCAGUCAAUAAGAUAUUUUGCAAUCUUUUAUGCGCUAUAUUUUUGAUGAGUCGUACUUCAAAUCAUCCAUUUAUCCUCCGUUACAUCAAGGGAGGUUCUAUGGGCUGGCCUUAUAAGCUAACUGAUAUCAUAAUUGAAUUACUGAUAACUUGCUCUUUUCAGAUUUAGACAAACUGCGAUGCAUAUAUCCAGCCUGUUGAAAGACCGUCCACACACCCCUCUUCAAGAAGCUUGCGAUUGGAUAGAGCAUGUACUGAGGCAUGGCGGAUCCAAACGUGUUAUACCUCAAGUGUUUAACAUUUCUUGGUACCAGUACUAUUUACUUGACGUCAUUACUUUCCUUGUUGCUCUUGUUACGGUGAUUGUAGUGACGAUGAGGUUGACAUGUAGGUACCUAUACCGUAUGUACUGUAAGAGAGAAGGAAGCAAAAAGAAAAAGAAAUGA